CCAAGAACAAGCUGCGCUGCUGGAUGUUCACAGCUCGUCUUUAUUCACAGAAACCAUCGCCUGGUUGCAGCCAUGGAGUGCCUCAAAAACUGCUGCAAGAACUUCAUGAAGAGGAGGGAGAAGGAGCAGGAGACUCAAGUGAUCGCUCUGAAGAUGCCUCCAGAUCAGACGGAAACGUCAGCACUUAGUGAAACGAGGAGGGGAGUCACAGAAGAUUACCUCCUUUCCAAGCUGCCGCCGGACGGCCGAGAGGUCCCGUUUGUUCUGCCGACCUUCAGGGCCUCGUACAUCCAACCCAGAGGACCUCAGUACCCCAACUUACAGUCUGGCCUGCAGAGUUCAGCUCGCAGCACGUAUGCAGAGAGGAAGGCCGAGCUGCUGGGCACCAGCCACUUCGCCUACGGCCCCGAAUCCAGCUUCCGUCAGGGUCAGAUGACCGAGUACAUCUCCCCCGGAUCAGCCCGCCGAGACACCCUGAGGAGCAAAAACUCCAGUCCUCAGAGCCCAGGUUGGAGCCUGAAGCCGGGCGGCCAGCAGCGACUCAGCAGCUCCAUGUUUGAUCUGUCCAGCCCUCAGAGUCACAUGCAGCUGCAGCGCUUCGACUCCGCGUCCAGCGUCUUCAGCAGCGCCUCCUCCGUGAUGAGCUCCAUGGAAAGCAGCCUGGAGUCCAUCGCCCUGUCCGGAGACGAGCGCGACCUGGGGAAGGUGUGCGUCCGGCUGAGCUACCAAGAGGCAGUGGAGCAGGUGUGGAUCACCCUGGUUCAG